CGCGCGCCCGGCGGGGGCGAGCCGGCCCAGCUGCCCCGGGGCCCGGGGACCUCGCGCCCCCCGACAGCCGCCGCGGCCCGAUUCCCGAGCUCCCGGCAUGAACCGCAAGAAGCUGCAGAAGCUGACGGACACCUUAACUAAAAAUUGCAAGCACUUUAAUAAAUUUGAAGUGCAAUGUCUUAUAAAUCUUUUUUAUAACCUGGUGGGAGAUGUAACAGAGCGGCAAGGUAUGGUCACUGGACUAGAUCGUAAUGCAUUUCGAAACAUCUUACACAUGACAUUUGGAAUGACAGAUGACAUGAUUAUGGACAGAGUGUUCCGAGGUUUUGAUAAGGACAACGACGGCUGUGUAAACGUAUCAGAGUGGAUUUCUGGAUUAUCGGUAUUUCUUCGAGGAACUCUGGAAGAAAAAAUGAAAUAUUGCUUUGAGGUGUUUGAUUUGAAUGGUGAUGGAUUCAUUUCAAAGGAGGAGAUGUUCCAUAUGUUAAAGAACAGCCUUCUCAAACAGCCGUCUGAAGAAGACCCUGAUGAAGGAAUUAAAGAUUUGGUUGAAAUAACUCUUAAGAAAAUGGACCAUGAUCAUGAUGGGAAGCUGUCUUUCUCAGAUUAUGAGCAGGCUGUGAGGGAAGAGACCCUUCUACUAGAAGCUUUCGGACCAUGUCUACCUGAUCCAAAGAGCGAGAUGGAAUUUGAAGCCCACGUUUUUAAAGAUCCGAAUGAAUUCAAUGAUAUAUAAAUACCUAAAUGUCUGUGUUGUCUCAAGCAUGGAGGGACAUUCCGAGAGCUGAAAGCGGCAUGGGACCUACUUCAGCAUGAUGCCUAUUAUUGUUUGAGGCUUUGCCAGAACAGCCUUGGAGACAGUAAGCAUCUGAAGGCAGGGAUCCCCGCAACCCAUCUUUGUGUCUGGCACAGCGGUGAGGACAGUCGCCUGCAUAGAACGGGUACGCAGUCAACAGCGUGGAGGGAAAAGUGCAAAGUGCUGCAAGAUAAAUCCAGACUCUUGGUGAGCGGAGGAGGAAGAGAGGGCUGUUUCUGUACAUAAUGCGUGAUGCGGCCACAGCUUUCGGUCCAUCUCUGGAGUCACCCCGAGGCUCUUCACCCAUUGUGGCCGGUUGUAAAGUCCCCUCUCUGCCCUGGAUCCCUCUGCCUCUCCGCUUCAGCCCCAUCCCUUGCCCCCCUCGCCCCACCUGGGUGCGCCUCAGUGUCAUGCCUCCACCUUUGGCCUCCCCUCAUGCACCCCUUAACAGGGAGCGCAUCACACCUCCUCCUUCCAGCCGUGAACUCCCGAAGGCAAAGCUGCUUCCUCGGCCUCCUACCGUCCAGCAGGUGCCUGUAGGCCCUGGGCGCAACAUGAGAAAGAUGGGGCCUGCUUAGGUUCCGGUAGCUGCCGUCACCCCUUUCUUACAUGCGUGCAGGCGGCUGAGAGCGUGCAGAUCUGCAGAUAUCCCCUCUGUCCACAUAUAAACACUCAGAGGCUCCUUGACACACUAAAUCCCUUUCGUUAACAUCCGUAUUAAGUUUAAGCAAAAGAGUACCUUGUGUUAAAAAAAAAAAAGGACUGAUACAAAUAAAUGGAAUAAGUGAUUCCAUGAAAUAAAAGGUAUUUUACCGCCUAUGUAUUUUCUUA